AUGUCCUUGAAGCAUGAGGGACUAUACCGCUUGGCCCACGGAAAUUCUUAUUCCACCAUUGGCCCGGUAUUUAAUGUAGGAAAAUCGACUGUUAUCGAGGCCGUACAAGACGUUGUGAAAGGUCUCUAUGAACUUCGUGACGAGUACAUAAAAUUCCCAGAGACCAUCGCUGAAGCCAGUUCAUCGAUUGCAACGUUUGGAGAUCUUACCAACCUACCAAAUGUCGUUGGGGCUAUUGAUGGCUCGCAUAUUAGAAUUAAAGCACCCAACGACAGUGCACUGGAUUAUUUUAGUCGGUAUCAACAGCACGACUUCAUAAUCCAAGCUAUUGUUGAUGGCAAGAAGGUUUUUAUGGAUUUUGCGUGUGGAUAUCCUGGAAGCAUGCACGAUGCUCGUGUAUUGAGGCGCAGCACUAUCUUUCAAAGAGCAGAACAGAAGAAUGUCCUAACCCAGCCAACUGUUAAUGUGAAUGGUCAUGACAUAGGUCCGUACCUUUUAGGUGAUAGUGCCUAUCCUCUUUCUCCAUGGCUAAUGAAACCGUAUCCAGAGGGCACACGGGACCCAAGGGAAAUAGCGUUUAAAGGGCAUGUAAACCCAAAAAACGUUCAUUUUCUUUUCACAUAGAUGUUUAGUAAAUAUAUCAAGUAAACCAAA